GACAAGUGUUGGGGGAGUUGGGGGAGUGUGUGUGAUGCUACAACCUCCUUAUAAAGGGACUCUCUCUCACGUUGUGGCUUGGAAAUUAGAGCACAUUGCCUAAAAUUGAGGUCUCCACACACACACUCUCUCACACACGCCGAGUCACCGAGAGCCGCUGCCAUGAACUGGAUGAACGCUGAGGAGAUGCUCCGCAGGGCCGAGACGCCUCUCUUCUGGGUCGGCGCGUUCACUGUGGCCUCCCUGGCGCUGUGGCUGCUCUACAGGCUGCUCUCAGGCUUUAGGAUCUGGGUCUUGGGAAAUGGGCAGCUUCUCUCCCCGAAGCUGGGCAAAUGGGCAGUUGUGACGGGAGCCACGGAUGGAAUCGGGAAAUCCUAUGCGGAGGAGCUUGCUCGCCGAGGAUUUGCCAUGAUGUUGAUCAGUCGCUCCCAGGACAAGCUGGAUGACGUGGCCAGGUCACUUGAGGAGCAGUAUAAAGUGGAAACCAGGACCAUCGCAGUUGACUUUGGCAAGACAGACAUCUACCCCAAGAUCGAGGCGGGGCUGACUGGUCUUGAGAUCGGCGUUCUUGUCAACAAUGUUGGUGUGUCCUACCCCUACCCUGAGUACUACCUCCAUAUUCCUGAUCUGGACAAUUUCAUAACAAACAUGAUCAACGUCAACAUGACCUCAGUGUGCCAGAUGACCCGUCUGGUGCUGCCCAGAAUGGCUGCGAGGUCCAAAGGUGUUAUCCUCAACAUCUCCUCUGCCAGCGGCAUGUACCCCGUCCCUCUGCUCACGGUCUACUCUGCCACAAAGGCUUUUGUGGAUUUCUUCUCUCGUGGUCUUCAGGAGGAGUACAGGCGUCAGGGCAUCAUUGUCCAGAGUGUGCUGCCCUUCUUCGUGGUCACUAAGAUGACUCGUAUCAAGAAGCCCACCCUGGACAAGCCCACCCCAGAGCGCUACGUUGCAGCUGAGCUGAGCACUGUGGGUCUGCAGAGCCAGACCAACGGCUACUUUCCCCACGCUGUCAUGGGUUGGGUGACCACGAAGCUGGUGCCGAGCAGUAUCGUCAUCUUCCUGGGAGCCAGAAUGAACCGUCUGCAGCGUACCGGAUACCUGCACAGGAGGAAGCUGCGGGAGCAGAAGAACGGAGCGAGUUUGAAGAGCGAAUAAGAAGACAGCGGACGAUUUCUGCAGGCAGCCAUUCUGUUCUGGCCUGGUGCAGUAUUUAAGGAAGGAAAGAGGGGAUUGUGUUUGUAUCUGUGUGAUUGAUUCUCCAGGGUUGCCUGAGAAUUCACCUCUGUGCCUCCAGUAAAAUGUCCACAUGUGUAUGACUUUGUGUAAAAACAGCAACUUCCACACUGAUGUGAUUUUAUCUGAAGCAAAAUAACCAAGAAAGGCCAGAGCUGAAAACAGAUGCUGCUCUCAGCAAAGGACAGUAAUAUUAUUUGUCACUGACACUGAUGGUGGAAAUUAUUACGACCAAAAAAUAGUGAUUUGUUAACCCUGCUGUUGUAAGCAGUGGAAAAUGGUGGUGGGCAUCCUUUUUUUAUAUAUAAAUAUGUGUGUAUGAUUAUUUAUUUUAUAUUUGUAUGAGCAUACGAGCCAAACUCAGACCUUUAAGACCAGCCUUAAACCUAGUCUUGUUUACAGAUCAAUGAGCCAUUUAAAGAUGGCAACUUUAGCUUUCUCUCACAUCAGUUCAACUGCAUCACUGAACUGUUAGCAUCAUGCGUUGGCUCUUUCUUCUUCUUUUUUUUUUUUUGAUAAUGCGUGUUUACAGUAUAUAGAAUGAUACUUUGUGGUGGGAUGUUGUUGCACCGAUGUAUCACUUGUUCUAAACCAAAGUUUUUUCAUAGUCAUCAUUCAUUGUCACAUUAAACACAAGUGCCUUUCUACUGACAUUAAUGCUGGAUUGGUCAGAUUCAAUGAGCGGGUAUUCAGUGGUACAAAAGAUAUAAUUCAACUGGUGCUACGUCCGUGUGAACUGUACAUUUUCUGCUUCCUUUAAUCAAAAUAUAAACCUUUCAUACAUAAAGGAAAACUACUGUAACUUUUUAUCCAGUGUGUUUUGAAAGGAUUUCAGAGCGAUAGAGAAUAUUCCCAGUUUGUUGUGCAGCAAGUAACCCUCCAAUCAAAGUUCAAACAUUAAAAAAGUUUAAGGUUUUCCAUCAGCAGCUCACAAACUGAUACACAUGCAGUUGCAGUACCACCUAAUGUUUGCUGUAACACACACGCGCACACCGCACAGUUGACACACAAUCGAUACCCCGUAUGACUUGGGUCUGACCUGUGCCUCAACUAAGCGGCCUUGUGAAUGCUUUUGCUUUUGCGAAGAGUCUUUUAAUAUGCUUGGAAAUUAAAAUUUGAAUUUCUACAUUUGAAUUUCUACAUGUAAGAUACACUGUUUACGUUUGUACUGCUGAUGGCAACUAUAUUUUCUACUGUUUGUUAAUAAAAGCUCUGGCGUACAGCA